AAUUUGCAGGCCCUGACUGAUGAGAUACUGAACUGUCGCAGCUAGCUCCGGGCAUUGAGCUGGGACGCCUCCUGCGCCGCUUGUGGGGCAAACGCUCCCAAGAUGAAGUUUGGAAAAACCUUUGAGACGCAUCUGACCAUCGAAUGGCGACAGCAGUACAUGCGAUAUACGGAUCUGAAGGCAAUGAUCAGGCAGGGUGUGGACGGAGGCCGCAUCUCGGACCCAUCGCACGAAUACGGCGUCGAGAGCUACUACAAGGCCUUCGAGGAGGCCUUCUUCACCGAGUGCCACAACGAGCUGGAUCGCGUCAACAACUUCUUCAUGGAGAAGCUGGCGGAGGCGCGUCGUAAGCAUGCUACCCUCAAGCUGCAGCUGCUCGCCUCCGCCCGGGUGCCCGGGCAUACGUCCAGUGCCAUAUCACUGAACUCACAGCGAACAGCAGCGGCGGAGCAGCAUACGCGGCCGGAUCCGGUCAAUACAUCGGGCAGCCGUAAGGUGAUGACCCAGCGGCAGCUGCGCACCGCCUACAGCGAGUUCUAUCUCAGCCUGGUGCUGCUCCAGAAUUUUCAGUCGCUCAACGAGACGGGCUUCCGCAAGAUCUGCAAGAAGUACGACAAGUAUCUGAAGUCCAACUCCGGCGCAGACUGGUUCGAGCGGCACAUAGCGCAGGCGCCCUUCACCGAUCAGCGAUCGCUGCUGCGCAUGGUCAUGGAGGUGGAGGAUCUGUACACGUUUUAUCUGGCGGCGGGCGAUCGCUCAAAGGCGAUGAACAAGCUGCGUGUGCCACCCCUGGGCCAGCCGACGCCCGCCCAGAUGGUCUUUCGGGGUGGCUUCGCGCUCGGCAUGUUCGUGAUGCUUUUCAUUGCGACUGCGAUCAGCUACUGGAGGCGGCCGCCGUCGCAGGCAAACCUUUUGGCCUUUAUGAGCCUGUACCGGGGACCCUUCACCUGGGUCAUCUUCAACUUCUUUAUGGCCGCCAAUGUGACGGGGUGGCAGCGGUCGGGCGUCAACCAUGUGCUGAUAUUCGACAUUGAUCCGCGCAGCCAUCUGCAGCCGGCCACCUUCCUGGAGAUCGCCUGCACCUUCGGCAUACUGUGGACGCUCUCGAUGCUCGGCUUCCUCUACCACGUACCGUUGCAUGUGCACGAUCCGUUCAUCUUUCCGCUGGCGCUGAUCCUCAUCAUGCUGCUGCUCCUGGUGAUACCGCUGCCGAUCAUGAACUGGCCGGCACGCUGGUGGACGAUGCGACUGCUGGGCCGGGUGAUGACGGCGCCGCUGCACUACGUGGGCUUCGCCGACUUCUGGAUGGGCGAUCAGCUGAACUCGCUGGUCACCUGCCUCGUCGAUCACUACUACAUUGUGCGCUUCUACACCACCUACUGGCUGCGGGAGGGGGCGGUGCCGCCGUACCUCACCGCCGAUCUGAUGGUGCCGUUCAUGAGCUGCCUGCCCUCCUGGUUUCGGCUGGCGCAGUGCCUGCGCCGAUUCCGGGACAGCGGCUCCAAGUCCGUCACCUAUCUGCUCAAUUCCGGGAAGUACUCGACGACAUUCUUCGUGGUGCUCUUCUCCACGCUGCGCAAUCGUACGGAUGAUCGGUAUGCGCACACGUUCGCCAAUCCGUACACGUGGCUGUUGCUGGCCGCCUCCAUUGUGUCCACCGUGUACUGCUAUUUGUGGGAUGUGAUCAAGGACUUUGGCCUGUUCCGCAUCCGCAAGGGGGAGCACAUCUUCCUGCGCGAGCAUCUCGUCUAUCCGCAGUCCUUCUACUACUUUGUCAUCGUCGAGAAUCUGCUGCUGCGCUGGUUCUGGGUGAUCGAGUUCACGUUCUACUACCACAACCUGAUGACGCCCUACAAUGCCAGAACUCUGGCCAGUCUCCUGGAGAUAACGCGGCGCUUCAUCUGGAACUACGUGCGAUUGGAGAACGAGCAUCUGUACAACUGCGGCAAGUUUCGUGCCACCAGGGACAUCCAUCUGGCGGCGCUCAAUCCGCGGCAGGAGCGCAUGCUCGAGGACAUGAUGGACGAGUCGGAUGGGGUGACCAAUCGCAGGCGCAAGCCGGACGAGCGCACGCGACUCGGCAAGGAGUACUUCUAGGUUAUGGCUAUGUGCCCACAGCUGCCACAGAUCUGAGCUUGCCACUCACUGUCAUGCCAUCUCUCGCUCUCUCCUGCUCACUCUCACAGUCGCAGCUGUGUCCGUUAAUGCUAAUGGCCCUCUGCAUCUGCGUCAUCAUCUUUUUUUUUUUUUUGAUAUUAUGUUAAUUUUAACCGUGAUUAGUUGAAAGA